AUGGAAGAUCACCGAUGGGGCUCAACCCUGAUGUUACAGACAAACGCGGUAACAAUGAAGAAGUUCGAACAGGAUAUUCCGUGGCUAACCAUACCACAAACUUUCCAAGACGCGAUUACAUUUACACGUGGGCUUGGACUCGAUUACCUAUGGAUCGAUUGCGUGUGUAUAAUCCAAGACGAUGCAGUGGACUGGCAGAAGCAAUCCGGUGCGAUGGCUGAGAUCUACAGCAACUCCUAUGUUACCUUGGCAGCAGCUGUGGCUGAGGACUCUAACUCUAGACUCCUGUCUCACGGCGAUCGGAGGUGUAAUUUUGAGAAAAUGCCUGUCGAACUUACGGUAAAUGGAGUCGAAAUUCCUGUAUUUGGCAGACAAGCUUUAGAGCACGGUUCUUUUCCGUUGCUAAAGCGCGGCUGGGUUCAUCAGGAACGCCUUCUUUCGCCUCGCAUCAUCUACUUUACCAGCGAGGAGCUGCUUUGGGAGUGCGUCGAGAAAAGAGAUUGCGAAUGUGAAGGCCAUCAUGGUUGGGAUCCCCGAGCUAAGAUACCUAGAGAGUCCGCAGCCGAUGGACCCAACGAUGAGGCCAGCGAUGAGGCCAGCGAUGAGACCAGCGAUGAGACCAGCGAUGAGACCAGCAUUGGUUCCAGCGAUCCCUUCUCUGACAUGAUGGACCCCAAAGACCCCCACGAGAUGUGGCGUGUUAUCGUGACCGACUACUCCACACUGGACCUUACCUUCCCAAAAGACUGCUUACCAGCCUUGUCUGGAAUCGCUCAAGUUUUCGGCAAAACAAUGGAUGACGAUUAUGUAGCCGGCUUGUGGAAGAAAUUCCUCAUAUCAGAUCUGCUCUGGUUCAGGAGUCUAGAAGAAGCAGAAAUGAUCGCAGAACACUGGAGAGCGCCAUCCUGGUCAUGGGCGUCUACACAAUCGGUAGACGAGGUUCAAUUUCAUGAGGUCGAACGGCCGCUUGCAGAGCUUGUCGAAGCGGUUGUCGAACCAGCGGGCAGGGACCCUUACGGGGAGCUGACCUCUGCAUAUAUCCGGAUCAAAGCGAAAGGAGUUCGCGCAAACAUCCAGCGUGACCCAACCUCGCCGACAGGAUAUACUGUAACUUUCCGUGCGGGUGACGACGCCCCCCUUCGCUUGAAUCAUCAUGUUUGUCCACUGUUCAGCUUACGAACAACCAAGAUCAAAGUGGAGGCUCUACAGCAAGUUAUCAUUGUCCCAAUUGGAAGGAAGAUCACAUCCUAUGGAGUAGCGAUGCAUUCAAUACCUGAACAUGGACUCAAGAUUACAUAUACAUAUCCAGAUGAGGCGCUAUCAUGUCUCCUAAUUUCCAAGGACAAGACCGCUGGAGAGCGAUGGCAGCGGAUUGGGCUACUGCACCUUGGAAAAUUUCCAUUCCGGAACAAGGAGGAUUGUACCGCUACUGAGGUAUACAUGCCGCGCGUAUAUUUAAAGCUGAAGAGGCAGUAUGGCUUCUCAGACAAGGAGAUUCAGUCGAGAUACGAAGAAGGAUUUGAAGCUCAAGAGGCCAUUUUUCGAGCUUUCGAUGACGAGCCUAUGCAAGAAUACACCCUUUGGUAG